CUUUAGAGAAACGUACUAAAAUGUCUUCUGGUCUUUAUAUCACGAUUGUAUUGAGUGGUCUUACUCAAAAAAUAUUUUGCCUGCAAGACAAAUGCGCUGUUUUGGAAUUCUACCACUUGAAAGGAGAAUCUUUAUCAGUCUUGGAAAAUCAUUAUGCCAGUGUGAUGUUUGGAUUGAACAGCUCCGUGUGUAGUCAGCUUGAUACAACCUACAGGGUAAAGGUUAACACCAGAACAAGCAGUGAUAAUGUCGAAUAUGAUGGAACAGUGACCUACCUGGGAGACACCUGCACGGCCACACCUUUCACUUCAGUUCGCUGCAUCACACCCACUGGACCUGCCGAGCUGUACAGGAGAGUGAACAGGUCUCACGUGGCUGUAGAGUGGAACUGGAAAUGGAAGGACUCUCGGUUUAGUAACUUUACAAUGAUGAGAAAGCAGCUGACGGUCAUUGUAUCGUAUCCACCAAGUGUCACAAGCUUGACUGUCAACGGACGUCCUGUCAAUGGCAGUAUUAUCAUCAACGAGAGUCAGGAGGUCAAUAUUUCUUGCUCGUAUGAUAAAGGGAAUCCUCCCGCCAACUUUCGUCUUAUUGACGAAGACGCAAAGGAAAUGAAAGCUUAUGCAGAAGAACAACAUCUUAUUUAUUUACUUAAACUUCGGUGUGAACAGGACUGGCCAACCAUCACAUGUGAAGGGAAUUCAUCGGAAAAGAACAAAUCAGUUUCCAUUCUAGUCAAUUGUCCUCCUCAAUUCAUAGAAAAGCAACCCGAAGUCACAGAUGGCGAGGACCACGAGAGCUGGAGAGUUCGAGUCAAGGCUCAUACAGCAAAAAUCGACAAAUGCCUGGUGAUCCCAUUUUCAUUAGGCGAGAAUAAAAACAGAGAAGUUAACUGCAGCCUGACUGGGGACCCUCCUGACCUGCUGUUGACCGUUAUUGUCAAUAAGAAAGACGUUGGGAGGGGAGGACACUGGGCGUUAAGUUUCCACAAUGAAAGAGGCUCUUCAGACACCUUGGUCUUCAACAAACCAUCAAGUGAGUUAAAUAUAAUAUCUGCCAUAGUUGUUAAGAGGAUUAUUCCUUUGUUACAGACAAUGAAUAAUAAAUACGAAUUAAUUUUAAACUGUAAUGUAGGAUUAUCUAAACUUAAAUAUGUAAAGUAAGUGAACUUGUUUCGUAAUACUAGCUUUAACCAAAUAACACUUCAAGCUUAACAAAAAGCUUAAAUAAGAGUUAAUAACUACUAAAAAAAUGUUUUAGAGAUAGAUUUUCCUCUGUUUGGUGCAAUGCCCAAUGACUGGAUGCCUUUCUGGAGGAAAAAAAAACCCUUGAAAUCACUGGUCGCUAGGUAGUUGUGCAGCAAAGAAAAUACCUAUAAUGCGGCAACUAUUGGAGUCCAAGAUAUCCACCCUCCAACAUAUCUGCAAACUGCCGUUUUUUCUUCAUGGAAAAUUUUCGCCCGCUCAUGCCGUGUUAGCAUCAAUGUGUUUUGUAUGGAUUUACUCCCUUAUCCUUUAUCUUCACUAAGAUUAUCCCCAACCCGAUGGGGGUAUUUUAUGUUUGCUAUGGCUGAGCUAAAAUCAAUGGUAAGGUUCUCCACGUAUGCGUUCGCGAAAAUCCAGGCAUUGGAGAGUACGUGCCUAGUGAAGCUGCACCGGAUCUCAUACAGACAGCAUAGAACUAAUGAUUUUGCAGGAAGCCACACUGUAGGAUACCAGGAACCUCUACUGGCAACAGUCAGGCAACGUAAGCUGGUCUUCUUUGGUCAUGUGACCCGGCACGACACCCUGUCAAAGACUAUCCUUUAAGGCACCUUGAAGGGUAGUCGACGCCAUGGUGGUCCGAGGAAGAACUGACUUACAAAGUCAAAGACUGGACUGGUCGUCCUGUACAGACCAUAAUUCAAAACCUACAACACUACUUUAUUAAUUCUACUACAACAGCUAAAGGAACAUGUCCACUCCCUAACCUUAACUUAAAACCCUACAUCUACAUUCUUACAUCCCACUUUAAGAAGCUGACAUCUUUCAUUCAGGUCACCUGUCAGCUCACCUCAUCGUAUGUCACUGUCGUCGCUAUAUCUUUGCUAAAUUUCAUCACGUUGUAUAUCUCUAAAUCUCCUAAAGGCUCUAGGUUAGGUGAUAAAAGAGUCCACCUAUUAUGUGAAGAUUAAGAUGGUGCUAUUGCCAAAGAACAGUAAGUACAAUAAACUCCUGGGGUACAGCAAAGCGAUAGGACAAAGCUGUUGUUGGAAAAGUUUGCACACAGUUAAUCAGGUUUAGGUUUUUAAGUCCUAGAGACGUUCAUAGGUUUACAGCAAGGUCAGCAGGUCACCACGAUGGCCUAGGCCGUUUUUCCCUUGCCUACUUACCCCACCUUAGUGAUGACUAGAUUGCUACACCCGGAUCAACAAAUUUGGCGGGAAGACGGAAACAAAGUUGUGUAUGUUGUGUAAGGUCACCGUGACAUAGUCACGACAGAACAUCACGAGGCAUUGGCAUGGCCUACAAGUUAUGAUUUAUAAAUCACCAUUUAUGUUCCAUGCCUGUCAAGUUCUUCAACUAGCAUACAAAACAUGCUCCAGACUGACUUUUAAUAAAGUUCUGUAUGAAUUACAAAAUUUUUACUGUUGAUGUAUGUUUACAGAAUGUUGCGUUAUGUGUAUGAACAUGAAUAAGAUGUAUGCAAUACUAUUGUUUAAAUUAACGAAGCUUCAUUUGUUUACAUGAUAUAAAUGUCUAAAUACAACAUUAAACUUUUAAAUACUAUUUAAAGUUUGAAUAAUUUGUUGUUUUUAACCUCUCAAGUUUAAUUAUUUACAUCUUAAUACCGUUGUGGAUGUAAAGAAUAACAUUGUUAUACUCAUUUGUAUGUUGCGCGCUGCUUCUCAAAUAUUUUGUUACAUCGAACAUAUUUUGUAAGGAGUCACAAGCUUUAUUGCAUGAACACUUUGCAAAAGGUAUCGUUAAAGAGAAUAAGUAUAAUUAUAACAGCAUCAUUCAAAGAAGAAACACAAACGCAUCACCACCGCUGUAUUUGUUACCCAUCAUUUGUUCUCAUAAUUACACUGUACUUAAAGGAAAAAAACAACAAAUGUCUAAAAACUAAAAAAAGUGGAAUUGAAUGAAUGAAAUAUGUAAGACACCAGAUACAAUAUACACAAUUCAAGUGCGCAUGUCCACGCACGCACACGCCACAUAACUCACACUUGGUGUACAUUUUUUGUGUAAAAAAAGGUGUUGUGUUACUUAGUAACAGCGUCGACAAAAAUAAUCUUAUGUCGUCGACGAUGUAUCAGCUGAUCGAUCGAGCAAGGUCAGGUAGAUAAUGGUCCCUCGACAGCUCACGUCUCUACGUGACUUGAAUAACGAUAGUCAUUUCCUGAAGAAAAUUAUAACAAGGUCAGCAUAUCCUUGAUCACUAUGAAAUGUCAAUGGUCGGGAUACAAAAGCAGCGGACCAGUCAGCUACGAAAAUUAAAUGCUGAUUAGAAUAUUAAUUUCAGUAUCUGCGUCUCUGUGUCACAGUAUGGGUCAAUGGGAAUCUACAGGUAAAGAACGAAAAAGAAAAGGAACAAAGAAGGAAGUAAAGGAUAAGCAAAUAACAGAAGAAAAGAAUCCAUUGUGUAGAUUAAACCUAUUAGGCCUAUCCAUCUGUCAGUCGCUCUUGCUUCUUUGUAGAACACUAUAAGCAGGGACCGACGUCCAUCUCUAGAGACAGUGAAGCUACUAGUAGCAGUAAAGCUGAAGCUUUUAUCACUAAAGCACGACUAAAAUACAUUUACAACAAAAAACAAAACUAAAAUCUCAAAAUCGUUUUCAUGCAUGAAUUAGUCCACAACUUCGACUGUGAGAGCAAUGCUUGCGGAGAGGUUACGUGUUCAUAAAUUACAGAAAUGCUAUAUCGGUCAUAUCUAGGAGGAGUACAAAAGGUUACACAUAUGAGUCAUACCUUUUUAAUUGUCAAAACCCACCACACGUCAGCUAGUGCUCAAUAGAAUAUUGAAAAUAAUGUACAGUGAGAACACUAUUAUGACAUCGUAUAUAAGAAUGAUGGGGAUAGCACAAAAAUGAAUGUAGGUCCAUAGGUGGGUGUACCCUAGUAGUUGUAAUGGCAGAGAAUAAAUGCAUACGUCGCAGUAUGAUAAAAAAAAUAUUACAAAUAAACCAUUUUACCAUAGAAUAAAAUAGAAAAAUAUCUCAGCUGGCUACUGAUACACACGCACAUUUACUUGUUUUGGGGACCAUUUUCUUUAAAAAUAAUAAAAUUACAUCAUUCAAAGAACAAGAAAACACAUGUCUUAAUUAAAACAAAGCAGUAGCUCUGAAAGUUAACUUUUUCCAACUUUGUUUUUGAGGCAACUUGGUAUUUAAUGUUAUCAUAGCAAUGUUACUUUUGUGGAUAAUCCAAAAUGCAAAAAGUAGCUGAAGAUAUCUGAAUUUAUCUCCCCUUGUAUGUUACUUUAGACAGUUAUGCAAAAGUAGAUAAGCAAAGUCGAUAUAAAUGACUAACUAAAAAUUACGAUUAUUCUAAUACAAAAGGAUUUUGGAAUUUAACUUUAUAAAAAGAUAAAACUUACACACAGAAGUAGUACAGAAGCCAAAACACAUAUGAUGAGCUUAAAUUAAACAACCAUAGACAUUCUUAGAUAGCCACACU